UGGCCGCGGGCGGCGGCAACUACAAGCUGUUCAGCGAGCUGGAAGCCAUCUACAAGCCCGGGAGCGGUGGUGCGGGCGGCGCCCAGACGGGCUCCGGCUCCGGCCUCACCGGAGACGACAAUGCCAUCCUCGAGCCGGCCAUGCCCGACCUCCCGGGCAUAACGGCCGAGGACGCGGGCCCGCAGCUCAUCACGUCGGAGACCUCGGCCGGGGAGGAGGCGGCGGCGGUCGUGCAGCCGCAGCCGUCGGCGGACGCGGCGCGGCGCAAGCGCAAGCGGCGGCGGCAGCAGGAGCAGCUGAGCGCGUCGGCGUCCUUCUUCGAGCGGCUGGUGCAGCGGCUGAUGGAGCACCAGGAGAGCCUCCACCGGCAGUUCCUGGAGGCCAUGGAGCGGCGCGAGCGGGACCGCGCCGCGCGGGACGAGGCGUGGCGGCGGCAGGAGGCCGACAAGUUCGCCCGCGAGGCCGCCGCGCGCGCGCAGGACCGCGCCAGCGCCGCGGCGCGGGAGGCCGCCAUCAUCGCCUACCUGGAGAAGAUCUCGGGCGAGUCCAUCACGCUGCCGCCGCCGGCGUCCGGCGACGAAGACGCGGCGGCGGCCGGAAAGGAGCUGGUGCCGUACGAAGGCGGGGACGCGGCGGCGGCCCCCGAGGGUGGCGGGUCGCUGCACCUCAGCUCGUCGCGGUGGCCCAAGCACGAGGUGGAGGCGCUGAUCCGGGUGCGGACGGGGCUGGAGGGGCGGUUCCAGGAGCCCGGGCUCAAGGGCCCGCUGUGGGAGGAGGUGAGCGCGCGCAUGGCGG